AUGGUGCGUUCCCCCAACCGAUACGUUGCUUCCAUUCCCAUCGCUACUUCCGCCGCCCACCCUCUCCGCCCCCCAAUUCAAAAGUCCUACGGAAAGGGCGAGGAUCACCGCCGGCUGGACGGGCCACCGCCUCGUCACCCCCAUGAAGACGCUCCGUCUGCAACCCUUCAGGAGGCCACAAAGUAAGUGACCACCAGGUAAGUUAAAUACAGUUCUGUUGCAUACAGUUCUGCUGAAUUUGUCUGCUCACCGUUUACAUCUCGGCAAUCAGUUAGCUCAGAGAGGGAGAUCUCUGGUGUUAUGUCUAAACAGCCAGUAUGUUCGUUCCCUUCCCCCCCUGCCCCACCCCCUACCCACGAACAUGGAGAGGGUCUUUAGAGUUGUGUGUGUGUGUCCCCAGACCCGGUAACGCUGCUGCCCCCCCCCUAUCCCUACUCCCGCCCCACAUCAUCCCCUUUCUACCACCAUCUUCCCACUCUACACUCUUCUUCUACGAUCGAAAAGCCCUACGACGAGGGCAAAAUACUAUCACGCGGGCCACCCAGGCCAAACGGGUCGUUCCCUCACUAUGCCAAUCUAUUACACAUAAUGAGGUUCGGCAGCCGUCUGAGACGUCUGAACAGCCCAAUUUAGGGACAGCACUACACACUCUAUAGUGGGGAGGACGGGGAUGAACAAACAAAUGCUGGAUUCAUGGCGCCUGCGCGCAGACCGCUGCUUGAAACAGUCCACGCAACAGCAACAACCCUUGUCUCCGUCCCCUCGCCCUACCCUACAGACUGCUAGAGCGAGCCCGCUCAAUCUAGCAGCCUGGAAUGUCUGUUGCCUUUCACAUAAUCGCAGGAGCAACCGACCGGAACGGAGGACGGCGGCAGAAGCUCGGGAAUUGGCGCGAUACAGGUUGGAUAUUGCCGCAGUUAGAGAAACCUGAUUCCCUGACCAUGACCAACUGGAGGAGGUGGGUGUCGGUUACACCUUUUUCUUGAGCGGCCGCCCACAGGCACCGCGACGCGACGCCGGUGUCGCGUCUGCCAUCCGAAUCGACAUCGUGGGACGACUGCCCUGUCUGCCUCAGAGCAUUAAUGAUCGCCUGAUGAGCUUCCUUCUGUCUCUUCAGGGAUCCAACUUCGUCACCAUUAUCAGCGCCUACGCCCUACCAAUGACCGGCUCAGACGAGGCAAAGUCUAAGUUCUACGAGGACCUGCACACCCUUCUGACGCCUGUUUUAAAGGCGGAUAAGUUGGCUGUCCUUGGUGACUUCAAUGCCCGCGUCUGGGCAGGCUACGCUGCCUGGAGGGGAGCGCUGGGUACGCACAGAAUCGCCGGCUGAAACGACAAUGGCCUGUUCCUCACACAAACCUACGUUGAACACCGCCUCCUGCUGACCAACACAUUCUUUCGCCAGGCAAUAAUGAAGAAGGCUACCUGGAUGCACUGCCGAUCAUGGCGCUGGCAACUGCCGGAUCGCCUUCUCAUCCGACGGUGAAAUCGGCUGGCCGUGAUGGUGGCCAAGACAAUCUGUAAGGCCGAUGGCCGAACGGACCACCACCUAGUCAUCUCCGAGAUGAGGCUCCGUCUGCAACCCCGCAGGUUGACACCAGGUAAAUGACCCUUAGGUAAGCCGACUACUACUUUGUUUUCAUUGCCUUCUCAUAGUUUACAUUUCAGCAAUAAAAUGACCCAGCGACUGGAAGGACUGCCAGCUACAGAUAAAAACGCCUCCACAUGGACCUAGUAGGUCACAUUCGCAUUCACGAAAAUCUGCAGUAGACAACCGCCGGCUAAACUACACCAUCACAUCUUCCUCCACCAACAUCCGCAUCACACAACAUGUUCACCCACCAAAAUCAUCCAGCUGCCAGUGGGAAGUGUGCGUCUCGGCCCGUCUCCAUGCUUCUUCUCUGCCGAAUAUGUGAUCCAAGUCCGAGGCUGCCACGGUGCGACAAGCACUGCGGCCUGGAAGGCUGCUGACUGACGUCCAACCCAGUCCACUCAGUCUGGCCAGUCGUGUGUGCUUGUGUGCAGUGGCGUACUGGUGGGCCGAGAGCCAGGCCGAAACGGCUUCUUCGUAACGUGACCUAUGGAACUCUCACGCUUGUGAGAUGUAUGCCGCCUAACCACGUUUUGUAAAGCCAUGGUGCUUGUAUUUGGAGGACAAGGUCGUGCAUGUAGCGCGCGCAGCCCAGGUCACCAGAUAUGUCAGCCACCGCGCCCAUCCUCCACACCUGUCAACUGACCGGCUCGGACAGUGACUGGGGCAUAGGAAUGGGAAGCGAGAGUGAGGUCGACGACUCAUCACAUUUUCCUCACUAUAAAAAACCUGACGCGCUUGAAGCUAUCACAGUGCACUAAAAGCCAUAGCUUGGAAGUUUCGCAACUGACAGGAUAACUUGGACCUCGCAGUCGGCCCUGUACUGUAUGUUUGUGUGAAGCAGCCGACUAGUUGUCUAAGAGUCAGGCUGCAAUGGCUCCUUCUUAAUGUGGCCUUUAUGGCACUCCCACUCCGUGGGAUCUUAAUCGGGUGUGGUGGCACGCCUAGAGACGGCCUCGGCCGCGCCAGCCCCUUUUGUUGCCGGUUAAAAUCAUGGUCAUUUUCUGUUUGGACCGAGGAAAGUGGAGUGGAAUGCCAUGGUGCGGGCUCGGCCGUGCCAUCCACCGUUGCCCCUCCCUGUCUCCGAUCUUCUUGACUCUGUUUUGACAUUUACUAUAAACUAAUUAACACAAAUCACCGUGCCUACUUAUACAUUGUUGUGAAGCACCCGGUGAAUCUAGUCGGGAACGACGGUCGAAUUUUCGUGUCCUUGGCCGCGCUCGUCGCCAGUACCAGGACUGGUUCGACAGCAACGACGCCGCUAUCAGUAACCUGCUCACCGAGAAGAACAGGCUACACAGAGUUUAUCUUGACCGUCCAAUCGAUGCGAAUAAAGCGGCCUUCAGUCAGUAUCGCCGCCUAGCGGCGCAACGGUUGCGAGAAAUGCAGGACUCCCGAAUGGCUCGCAAGGCCAAGGAGGUCCAAUGA